AUGGAAGACAAGGGGAGUUAUGGUUACAAGCAUCAGAAACUAGAGAAGCUAGGGGGAGAGCUAUGGGGGGAAGAGGCUGAGGAAGAGCAAGAGCAAGGGGAGGAGUUAGAAGAAGCGCAAGAGGAGGAGCGAGAGGAAGAGCUAGAAGAGGAACGAGAGGAGGAGCGUGAGCGAGGAGAAGCAUUGAAAGGGGAGCAAGAAGAAGCAUUAGAAGAGGAGCAAGAAGAAGCGUUAGAAGGGGAACGAGAAGAAGAGUUAGAAGAGGAACGAGAAGAAGCACUAGAAGAGGAGCGAGAAGAAGCGUUAGAAGGGGAGUGA